AUGUCCAUGACACUGGCAACCACAUGGGUGCGAAGGGGAGCAGCAGCACAAUUUCCUACAAAAUAUCAAGUGGACGAGGCCGAACUCGGUCGAAUAUCACAACUUGCCCGUUUGCAACUCGAAGACGCCCGAGAAGACCUGCAGGAGGCUCAAACACCCAAGAAGUCGAAGGCCAAGGACUCAGAUGAUUCAGACUCAGACAACGGUGUCCCAACCGGCGAGCCCUCCGACUCGAGCAAACCCCCUAAAACUGGCAGCGAAGACGACGACCUUGCAGAGUACAACCUUGACGAGUAUGAUGAAGAUCCAGUUGACGAGAAUGGAGAGAAGUUUGCACUCUUCGGGAAUGUGGGCUCGUUGGCAUAUCACGAACCACAUGAACAAGACCCGUAUCUAGUCCUGCCUGAGGGUGAGCAAGACUCCGAUGACGAAAGAGAAGAACUUCAAAUACUGGCAACGGACAACCUGAUUCUGGCUGCUAAAGUCGAGGACGAAGUCGCCCAUCUUGAGGUUCUCGUCUACGAGGAUGAUACAGACAAUCUGUACGUUCACCACGAUAUCAUGCUACCUGCAGUGCCCCUGGCUGUAGAAUGGGUCAACGUACCUGUAGGCAAAGACGCCGGGUUGAGAACACAUGGAAAUUUCGUCGCAAUAGGGACAAUGAGUCCUGAGAUUGAGAUCUGGGAUUUGGAUAUUGUGGACAGCAUGUAUCCAAACACCAUCCUUGGACAAGAGCCAGAAGCAGCAAAUCAAAAUGGCGAAAGCAGUUCCACCAAGAAGAAGUCGAAAAAGAAGAAGAAGAAGACCAAGGCGAACGAUGAAUACCACGUCGACGCAGUCCUUGCCCUGGCCGCCAAUCGACAGCAUCGGAAUCUCCUUGCAUCAGCAUCCGCAGACAGCACCGUCAAAUUGUGGGAUCUCAAUACGGGGAAAUGCGCAAAGUCAUAUACAAUGCACAAUGAUAAAGUAUGUGCAUUAGAUUGGCAUCCAACAGAGUCUACUAUCUUAUUGAGCGGAAGUUACGAUCGUACCGUUAUUGCGACAGAUAUGCGUGCUCCAGACGCUGUAGCGCCAAAAUGGGUCGUCGAAGCUGACGUCGAGAGAGUACGGUGGGACAUCCACGACCCAAAUUUCUUCUACGUCACUACAGAAGCAGGCACAGUGCAUUACUUUGACGCUCGAGUUGUGCCGACAUCUCAUGACGGCCCCAGUAAGCCAAUAUGGACGCUCCAGGCGCAUGACAGCCCUGUCAGUGCCUUCGAUAUCAACCCAUCCAUAACAGGGCUGCUAGCAACAGGCUCGGAUGACAAGAAAGUCAAGCUGUGGAAUAUCAAGGAUAAUGUUCCAAGUUUGGUUGUAUCGAGGAAUCUCGAGGUUGGACGUAUCUUCACAAUACAAUUUGCCCCUGAUCCUGAGGUCGCGUUCAGGCUUUCCGUCGCGGGAAGUAAAGGUCAGCUUCAGGUUUGGGAUAUCAGUACCAACCCUGCGGUGAGAAGUGCCUUUGCCAACCGGGUAAAGCUACCGGAGACCAAUGGCAAAGAGCGACUUGUUGGGAUCAACCAGGAUAAUGAUGAGGACGAUGAGGACGAUGAGGAGGACGAGAAUGGAGGUGGUGGGCCAGCGCAGGAUGGCUGGGAGUCUAUGGAUGAAGACUGA